AUGGCCUCAAAGAGUUUCCUCAACCUCCCACCAAUUACAGCGGAACUCAAGACCAUAACACCGUAUCUUCAGCGCGCGGAGGAAAUCAAGGCCCAAGAGCCGAUUGUUGCAUACUGGUGUGCCUACUAUGCUGCACAACUUGGGAUAGGUCUCAAGGCUCGCGAUCCCCCGUCAAGGGACCUUCUGCUUUCGCUUCUGGGGGUCCUUGAACGAAUGAAGACGGAGAUCGGACCCAAUGACGCGGUGGAUGUCGACGCUGCUGGUGCAGCCUACGUCGAGAAUUUUGCCUUGAAGAUUUUCACUUUAGCCGACAAUGAGGAUCGGGAAGGUCGUGCCACUCGGGCUACAGCAAAGAAGUUCCUAGCAGCAGCCAACUUCCUCGAGGUCCUCAAGACCUUUCCCAAAUCAGAUGUCUCUGACUCGGUAUUGUACUUCCUUAUCUACCAGAUCGCAGAGAAGGUCCGUUAUGCAAAAUGGAAGGCUGCAGAUAUUGCGAAAGCAUUCCGGGAGGGUCGGAAGCCAACACCUGGUCCCCCAGGCGCCACGGAGGAGGACUUCCCUGAAGAGUUGGCUUUGCCUUCGCCACCUAAAGCGACGACUGAGCGCACUGUCACUCCCACCCGAUCUCCGCCACGUUCUCCUCCGCAAGAUAUCCCAUCACUUCCCUCUGCUCCUCGGUACUCACCCAGCGAGGACCCUGGCAACUGGAGUACGAUUGCAACCCCUGGUACCGACCUCGGCGCCUCGAUAAGUACUGACAAUGGCUUGACCAUGGGUGACCCGUCGGCCGGUGUUCACAAACGUUCCAACAGUGGUGGGAGCUCAAGGUCGGGAAGGCGUAGCCCCAAACGUAGUGCUACCGUCAGCGAAGAGCUCGAGGGCAAAACCUCGCGUACACCCAGCCCGCCGGGUAUCACAUCCAAACACAGAUCACCUCCCCGGUCGUCUGGCUCCAAACCUCCAUCGCCAACACCCCGAAGUCGGAAUAACAGCCCCGGAAACGAGAAGAAGGUCCACUUCACGCCUUCAGUCAUCGGUGGCUCUACUACCUCAGGAUCCCCCACGGCCUCUCCCGGCUUUCCAACUGUACCAUUGGACCACGCCGCACCUGGACCACCCGGUCAAUCUUGGAUUCCUCCCCCUCCUCCCCCAGUAGCCCCUAUGGGUUACUCAGGCUAUUCGAACCAGCCGUCACGACAAGCCCCCACGCCUCCUCCAGCGCCAGUGGAACUGACACCGGCUAUUAUCAGUAAGGCUCAGAAGCACUGUCGAUUCGCGGCCAGUGCGCUUGACUAUGAAGACGCGGAAACGGCGAAGAAGGAAUUAAGAGCAGCUUUGGCAUUACUAGGUGGCUGAUCGCCGUUCCCUUUCAAAACCCUAGUUCCUUUCAUAUGUUCUUGCUUUCUGCUAACUAUGCCUCUGUAAGUACUUAUGAGUAUGCGAUCGCAUUUCAUGGUCUUUCACAACCUGGCGAUUAAAUGUAGUCAGGGUCUCCAUCACGGACAUUACGGACACCCUAGGGUCUUAGUUCGGCAAGAGUGUUUUUUGAAGGAUAUGAUAUGCCUGUUGUUGCGCCUC